AUGUAUGUCCCGAUCUUGAACAGUAAGGAAAAAGCUCGAGAGCUGGUUGAUGUCGUUCGGGAACAGACUGAUGCUCCUAUAGGGGUCUGUAUAAAUACUGUAUCAAUCAUCUUGAGUGCUUUACUGCGAGAUUUGCCCGAUAUAUAUGGUCUUCGUGUUAUAAAAAGUGCUUUGGAAAAAGACUAUAUAAUCGACGUGGAAAAUUGCCAUGAUGCGAGGGUAUUGGAACAGGUCAUUGUCAGUUUAACAAGUUAUAUUGAGGAUAAAGGUCAGAAGAAAGCUGAUGUUGGAGUACUCAUGAAACGUUUUCGUCGGGAUGAUUAUAUCUUCAUUGAGCAGCUCGUUUCACUUUACCAAAUAGAGCUAAAGAAAUCAGUACGCAUCGAGCUGCUAACGACAUUCCACUCACUUUGCUUGUUGGACCGAUCAGUCAUAACAAUACUACUUUGUGGACAGUUGCCGGUUUUGCUAGUAUUACAAAAUAAUUUCUCUUUACCACUUACUGAACUUGAUAUAUUAUCUUUGCAGUUGCUUUCUGUAUUAUUUUCAACUGGUGAAAAAUUUCCUACGUCACAUUAUGAUGCUUUGAAUUUAGAAUUUCUAACAAAGAUAGUCUCGAUAGUAAAAGAUUGCACAGAUGCUUUCCAGUUUAUUUUGUCAUUCAAUUCCCAUUUCGAGUCAAAUGAAAAUACUGUUAUUCAGACUUUGCAUAAAAAUGCCCCAGUUACAUUUGGUCAAUUACUCACAAUACAGUUGAACCGGUGUAGAGCUGAUAAUAAAGAUUUGCGUGCAGUUAAAUUGUUGAUGAACAUUUUUUGUGUGUCAGAUGACCUCAUUUCGGUUCUUUUUUAUGAUAACGAUUUGAAAGUCCUUUAUGGGAUAUUAUGCCAGGAUCUGAUCGACACAAACCAAUCACAGAAAAUGGCAAUGAUACUGCAGAUAAUGAAAAAUAUGGAAGUGAUAAGACGGUGUGAAUUCACUCAAGAAGUAUAUACCUCAGUAAAAUCUUUUCUUUUGACUCGUGAAACACAAGUUGAGUUGAGACACAGUGCGGAAUCACUUCUGCAACGGGUCACCGAACAACAGAGAAAUUUACCCUUUCCAUUGUAA